AUGCUUAAUUGGAAGAAAAAUGAUUCUGAAUUCCACUGGGCACCGUAUCUCCAUUUCUUAAAUGAAGAGGGUAACCAAGUCAGCAGACAGAUUCGGCCUGGAUAUUCACCCAAGAGGUAUCUAAUGCGUCUCUGUCAGAGCUGGGAUCCAAAUACAAUAUGUAGGCUGCACCAAGCAGGAAGCCUCAGGGAUUCAGUACAACUUCAACAACUCCCAACCAUCACGCAAGAAAUCAGCAGGAGAUAUCCAGACCUGUCAUCUGUUCCCUCAAAGUAUCAGUGCCCGCCUGUCUUCAGCUCUUCUAAUCUCCCUUGUUGGACUCACACAGAUGUGCUUGCCAAUUCAGGAAUGUAUAGUCUUGCACAGGAGGAGCUUGAAGAUGUGGAUGCCCCGGAUAUUAAAAUCCUGCAGGAAUCUAGCAAAAGUGACUCAGCUACACAAUAUUUUAAUGGGGUAGCUCAGAGAAGGCCUACUCCGGAGCCAGCAGAACUCUAUGAAAACUUCCAAAAAAGAAAUGAAAGAUAUAUCAAUCAAAAGGGGCAGUUACAAGAAAGGCUACAAGUUGAUAAUGAAACAACAAAUGAAAGGGCUGAAUUGUCAGAUAAGCCACCAAUACAUAUGCCCAUCUUUAUGGGGAAGAACAUUAUCACAUCUUGCCAUGGAAAGCCACACACAACAUUUUACGGAGGCUGCUUUAAUGGAACAAAGAAAUAUAACAUACAAGAUAUUAACAAAAAUCAAACCGACGAACCUCUAUCAGAUGGAAGGUUUUUACCCCAUAUCCCUCAGUCACAUACAUCAGGGCUUGGAAUUGGGAGGGAAAGGAAAAACAAGGUACAUGAGUCUCUAAACUUACCACCAAUAUUAGAGGAGGCUCCACAACGCAUGCGGAGGUUUAAUGCUACGGAUCCACCAGAAGAACUCAUUAUUAUCCCACUAAUGGUUCACUUCCAGUGCCAGAUGCCAAAGAGAGAAGAGAAACGCUAUAGAAAAGGUGGUGAUGUACUCACCAUGCCUGAAGCCCCACCAAUAGGAUCCCUACCCCCUAUAAAUGGAAAGAAAGGACCCGGAAACCAGAGCAGCAUGGCAGGUUUAAAGGUUACGAGCUCCAACAGCAGCAGUAGUGGCACUGCUGGCCCCAAGCCAAUUCCAACCGGCAUUAUUAGAGGCUCUAUCCCUGAAGAACUUAAAGAGUGUUGCAAGAGUGGAUCUGUAGGCAGCCUGAUAAUGAGUCCUGAUGGAGAGAUUGUUUGUCUGUCUCUUGUGGGUGCUGUACAAGAUACAAACAUUCCUAUCCGCUUUGACUUCAUCCCAGAAGAAGAUGAGGGAGAAAAUGAAGAAGAUUGUCUUCCACUGGAAUCUUGGGGUCAGGAAGGACAAUGGGUACAUAAUCAGCCAAGCUCUGAGCAAGGAAUGAACGGUACCAAUAUACCAACACUGCACAUUCCUACAGGUUUACAGGAAGAAGAAGCGACACCUAUUUACCAUAAAGAGAAGAAAAAACACCAGAAUGUAACACUGCCGAGUUCGAAUGAGUAUAAAUCAAUGAGUGAAGAUCCUGUAAGAGAUAACACUGAAGCAGAGCAGAUGCCCAUAGAGACAAGAGACGAGAGGAUUGAGGUGCCAGUGACUGCAGAUGAAGUAGAAGAUGAAUUACAGAGAAUCACAUAUUCACCUAAGGAGCAAUUAACAAACAUGGAAGAAAUCGCCACAUCUGCUCAUGUAACACCGAGAUCCACAUCAUCCUUAGGCAGAGUAUCUAGAAGAAAAGUGCUGGAUCAGACUUCCAAAGAGAUUGAGUUUCAGAUGCGCACAGAACCCUCUGAGAGAGUAGCACUUAAUGAGGACAACCUGAAAGAGUUCCAUGCUGGGAAUACUGUUCACCAGCAACCAACAGAUGAUGCUGAGCAAACACUUUCACAGGUUAGCAAGAAAGAAAAAAAGAUUGGAAGAGAAAAACUAAACAAGCCAGAACAUUCAGAUAAAACAACUGUGCCCCUGAGAGACACAUUGAGUAAGGAAGAAAUAUUUCCUGGACAGGGGCCUAUGAAGCAGCAGAUUAAAACAGAAGACUCUCAGGACAAUGUGUCUUCACUACCGAUUUUGGACAAAGGUGAACACACCAACAAAAAGGAGGAAGCAAAAUCUGCAGUUCCAGAAAAGCAGAAAAGCUCUGAAAAGAAGAUAUCAGAGAGAAAGCCGAGAGUGAAAAACACAGAGAGUGAGGAAAAGGUGCCCAAAGCCAAGAGAGAACUGCCGCCUAUCACUCUGCCUUUGGAGAAUGAGAUAGAGGAUAGUCUAAAUAAGACCAUUACAGAGGAUGAGGAGGUGGCCAUAUUAGAAGAGAUUGCCAGUGGUAUGAAACAAGAGACUACCAAGAUUAAGGGGAAAAAGAAAAGCAAAAGUGAUAAAGUCCAGAAAACAGAGAAAACACCAAUCACCAGAAGCACAAAGAAUAGCCAGCAGAAUGGUAAACAGCAGGGCAGAGCUGCUUUUGUUGUAGGGCAGCCCAAAGAAAAGAAACUAGAAGGAACAAUAUCUAAUGCAAGUAAAGCAACAAGCUUAGCGGAGAAGCAGGAAAUAAUCACUGAAACAAACAAUUCUGUUAAUGAGGAAGAAGAGUUGACACAAAAAGAAAAUGAUGCUCAGUCUGAGACAGAGGAAUCUCAAAAUGGAACUUCCACUCCUAAACAUCCUGAAAACCUUCCAUUCAUUCCAGAUGUUGACAGCGAUUAUACAGACAACCAGAUUCCCCACCAAGAAGCAGAAGAGUCUGUUUCUAUUGAUGAGACCCCUGCUUCCCCCCCUGAAGUCGUUGUAUCUCUUCCUUUGCCCAGCGAAGAUGCCAAGAGUGAAAUCUCAGAGGCUACUAGUGGUCCUGUACGACACCAGAGAUCAUCAAGAGCUCGAGAGCUCUCAGAGAAGGCAGAGAGGCGAAGGAUAGAAGUAGAAAAAAAGAGACGAGAACGUGAGGAACAGCUACGACUGGAGCAGGAGCAGCAAGAGAGGAUGGAAAUGAUGAGGAAAGAGCUUGAAGAGGAGCAACUGAGGAGGGCAGAGGAGAAUCGCCAGAAAAAACAACAGCAUGAGGAGGAGAAGUUUCGCCAGGAACAGGAAAGGCAGCGUAGAUUGCAGCUGGAACAGCAGACACUGGAGCGAGCACGUCAGCAACAGGAGGAACAUCGCAAAAAGCUGCAGGAAUUGCAUAGGAGGAAGCAGCAAGAGGAGUUGGAGAGAACAGAAUUGGAACGUCAAAGGCAGAGAGAACAAGAGCUUCAGGAAGCAGAAGAGCGACGGCGACUACUGGAAAUGGAAGAUGAGGAGCGGGAAGAAUAUAAACGAAACAAAAAAGAAAAGGAGGAGGAAGCAAAACGUCAGGAGCAAGAAAGGAAACAGAGAGCAGAAGAGGAAGCCAGGGCUAUACUGGAAGAGGCGCAGAGACAAGCCCAGCUGUUAGCUAGGCAGGCAGCAGCAUUGGAGCAGCAGCUUCAGUUUAAUCGAGGAUUACUAACAGAAUCGAUUGGUCUGGAUCAGACUCAGUCUAUUUCAAGGCCUUGGGUUUUCUCUUACUUUGAGUUCCUGCAGCUGCUGGGGUUACCUCUACCCACAGGAGGCGAUAACGACUGCAUCCUAUAAAAUCAUCUCUGCAAACCCAAGACAUUAACUGGAUACAGUAUAAAAGUUUAACAGAACUAGGAAGAAAAUUAAUUUGUGUGUAUCCAGCAUAUUAUGAUAAAUGAAACUGCCCAUUUGAGCAUGGAACAGCGGUAUCUUCUCAAACCUAAUAGCUUUUAUGUGACAUCUGCUAAUGGCAGUUCAGCAAAGAAAUAUGCAAAAACAGCAUUGUAUGUUACUUAUUCCGUGUGCAAUCCUAGGGUACAUAACAUCACUAGAAUACAUGGCUCAGCAGAGUUACUGUUACACCAUUUUGCUUAUCUAUAGUCUAACAGGUCAGAUUAAUAGCCUCCCGACAAAAAGAAAUAACUUGUUGCCUCUAUAAUCAGUAAGAUAUGUUCACAGCAUUUUAUUUCUCUAAUAAGCCCCAGCAUAACAGUCUACUUAUCAGGAGAAAGCAAUGUGGUAUGCACUAAGUGCCCUAUUGCUGCAUACACAUAAACGAUAUCUCCGAUCCCACAUGUAUAUAAUAAAUAGCUCCUUCUGAGUAUUUGACACACCUGCUAGUACAACACAUAUUAAUGUAAUUAGGAAAUCCUUUUACAAUUAUCUUUCAGAAAUAAUUUAUUUGGCUGAGCUUUAAAUAUAAAUACAUUUUCAAAGGAAAAAUAUAUCAAAUUUGCAUUAAUGACUACAAACUUGUUCUACUACUGAAAAUAAUAAAAAAAAAUAUACCACUCAC